GUUCUUCUGCCCCAUAUUGCUGGCUCAAUGCGUCGUGCAGCUAUUCAAGCGUUCCGUACUGCUCGUCGUGCGCCAGUAUGGCGGGUUGCCGGUAGGAAACCGCCCGGUAUAUCGUUCACAAGCAGCCAGUCUCUCAACCUCCGGCCCUACUCCUCGGUCAAACAUCCUGCCUUCCUUUCCGCUUCUCUUCAGUCCUCGAUGCAUCUUCGAACCUUUUCUGUCGCAGUAAUUUCGACAGUAGUCGCUUCCGGAGCCUGGUACGCUUAUCAGGGCGACAGUUCCCAAACACCAGCAGCCGCGGGUACGUCGUCCUCUCAGUUCCGGUUGUUUACGACAACCGCACAAGCCGAACAGCCCACAGAGCCAACGCGCCGUGCUCUUCUAGUGGAUAACGACCAAUUCUAUACCGCGACGCUCUCUGGCGAGCAGCCAUUGCAAAAGAACACUGACGACUCUGACCGCCGACUUCUAGAAAUGCUCACGCCCGAGCAAGCGACGCAGAAGCUGAGGAAGAACGAAGAGUCAUACUUGGUGAAUCGUGGAAAGGGAGUUGUUCGCUAUGAUGUCGUCCAGGUACCAAGCAAUUCUCCCAUCGAAGACGACCAUGCGGAGAAGAUAGUCGAAGUACCUGCUUCAACGGUUGCGGCCAACGAAGGCCAAUCCAGUAGCGACUGGAUGUUUUGGGCAGUGUUCGAUGGCCAUUCUGGUUGGACAACAUCUGCCAAGUUGCGUAACGUUCUCAUUUCAUACGUUGCUCGGGAGCUGAACAGUACAUACAAAUCUGCCUCCUCCGACCCCUCGCUCGUUUUACCGUCCUCCGCAGCUGUUGAUGCCGCCAUCAAGCAAGGAUUUGUUCGUUUAGAUAACGAUAUUGUCCACAGCAGCGUCGACCAGGUCUUCAAGUCCAACUCGCGCCGCGCUGCAGCCGAAUUGCUCGCCCCCGCUCUUUCCGGCUCUUGUGCUCUCCUUGCCUUCUACGACUCGCAGAGUAAAGACCUGAAAGUCGCAUGUGCAGGGGAUUCUCGGGCCGUUUUAGGCCGUCGCGGUGAGAAUGGGAAGUGGUCAGCAACUCCACUCUCAGAAGAUCAGACAGGUGGCACACCCUCUGAAAUGAAGAGGUUGCGCGAAGAACACCCGGGAGAGCCUAAUGUGGUACGGAACGGACGAAUUCUGGGCCAGCUGGAGCCUUCUCGUUCCUUCGGCGAUGCCUUCUACAAGUGGUCCAAGCAGACUCAAGACAAAAUCAAGCGACAGUUCUUUGGCCGCACCCCCCACCCCCUUCUGAAGACACCACCCUAUGUCACCGCCGAGCCUGUGAUCACAACAACCAAGGUUGAACCUAGUCAAGGUGAUUUCGUUGUGCUCGCAACCGACGGGCUCUGGGAGAUGUUAAGCAACGAAGAAGUAGUUGGUUUAGUUGGUCAGUGGAUCGAGGAGCAACAAGCCGGAUCCGGCAACAAGAGUUGGGUACGGAGUCUGUUCGGCUCCCAAACCCAGCUGCCCGUCGAAACACCACAGGAGACGACUUCGGAUGGCCAGCGCCGCCCCAUCCGUCAGCAGCAGUACGAUAUCCCAGGCGCUGCCAACCGCUUCGUCGUCGAAGAUAAGAAUGCAGCCACCCAUCUCGUCCGCAACGCCAUGGGUGGAAAGGAUAAGGACAUGCUCUGCGCUUUGCUAACCCUUCCAAGCCCCUAUUCCCGAAGAUACCGCGAUGACGUAACCGUCGAAGUUAUCUUCUUCGGCGACAGUACCGACAGCCGUACGGUCUCAGUCAACGAAGAAGCUAGUGCAUCCGAAGAGAAUGUGAAGGCUAAACUCUAAGCAACCUAAUACCCAGAUCUAUUUCAAAGACUUACUGUCACUACCUUGGUCCCUCUUCUGUCUCCUUUCUCUAGAAAGAAUUUCAGAAUUCGGUAACUUUGAGACGCGGUUCAGUCGGCUCAGUUGGGUAAAGUCUCACGGCGUUUUCCUUGGGGUUGAACAAUUAUAUUUACACAUCUGCUGUUUGUUAUGAUGGGCCAUUUAGCUAGCCAAGUUAAAUUUUCAUUCGUUUCUAUCCUCCAAA